AUCUAAAACAGCCCAACGUGUUCCAAUGAGAAGACACACAAAAUGGGCAAAAAGUCUCGAGGGUGAAAGCUUUAGAUCACGUUUGUUAAACUACUGCAUUAUUUUUCCUUUUGUUAAAUGUAAUAAUAACUCAAUUUUGUAUCGUCUUUAUAUAUACAUAGCCUGCUUAAAGCUUUUCACAUCUUCAAGACCCUUCAAAAAAACAAGGGAAAUCGUUAAUAAAUAGACCAAAGAUAAAGAGACGAUAGAGAGCUCGAGAACCCCUAAAAUGGCUGAAGAACGUCAAGGUCAGAGCAAUGGUGGAAACGUUAUUCCUACUCCUGAGGAAGUUUUUACGUUCCUGCCUAAAACUGUUGAAGAAGGUGGAUGGGAAAAAUGCUGGGAAGAAGAGAUAACACCAUGGGACCAAGGAAGAGCCACACCUCUCGUUGUACAUCUCGUCGACACUUCCUCACUCCCACUUGGCCGUGCUCUUGUCCCCGGCUGUGGUGGAGGACACGACGUCGUUGCGAUGGCAAGCCCUGAACGUUUUGUUGUUGGAUUGGAUAUAUCUGAAAGCGCCCUCACGAAAGCUAAUGAGACAUACAGCUCCUCACCAAAGGCAAAGUACGUUUCGUUCGUGAAGGAAGAUGUUUUCACUUGGCGUCCUAACGAAUUAUUCGACCUCAUCUUCGAUUAUGUGUUCUUCUGCGCCAUUGAACCGGAGAUGAGACCUGCAUGGGCUAAAUCUAUGCAUGAACUUUUAAAACCUGACGGCGAACUCAUAACCCUCAUGUAUCCGAUUACCGACCACGUUGGUGGACCUCCCUACAAAGUUGAUGUCUCUACCUACGAAGAUGUGUUGGUUCCCGUAGGAUUUAAAUCAGUGUCUAUCGAGGAGAAUCCACACGCCAUUCCUACGCGUAAGGGCAAAGAAAAGCUUGGGAGGUGGAAGAAGAUCAAUUGAUCUCUAAGAAAUAGAUUUCACUGUUAGUAAGAUUAUUAUAUGUCUUCUAAUCUUUUAAGAAUAAAAUGAGUAUCUUCCUUUAUUUACGCUAUUUAAAAGUGUUGAAUGUGAUGAUUAUUGUUUGUAACAAUAAUGUUAUGAUUAAAUAAUAAUCUCUUUUACUAUA